UCGUUCCCCACCCGUAUGCGCUAGUAGCAGAAUAACAUCGUCAGCGGUCAGCCAUUAUCGUGAGAUGUGAAAGAUUUUCCCGUGUGAAAUCGAAUUAACCGAACAACUCGAGCUAGUUACUGCAAUUUGAAAGAGGAUUGCGAACACCGAGAUGCAUACGAUCCCGGAAUUGGGUACAAGCGUACCGGCAUUCCUUGCCAAACUUUGGAAACUGGUGGAGGAUCCUGAAACCGACGACCUUAUUUGUUGGUCACCCAAUGGAAGGAGUUUCUUCAUUAGGAAUCAGGCACAAUUCGCUAGGGAAUUGUUGCCUCAUUAUUACAAACAUAAUAAUAUGGCCAGCUUCGUUAGGCAAUUGAAUAUGUAUGGUUUUCACAAAAAGGUUUCCGUCGAGCUCGGCGGAUUGAAAUGUGACAGAGAUGAAAUGGAAUUUGCACAUCAGUUCUUUUGCAAAGGGCAUCCGUAUCUUGUAGAACAUAUUAAAAGAAAGAUCGCAUCCAGUAAGGGACAAGAUCCGGCGCUCACCCCUAUUAAGCCAGAGUUGAUGAACAAGAUGCUUACCGAAGUGAGAAGUAUGAGAGGUCGUCAAGAACACCUGGAUUCUAGACUCGGGGCCAUGAAGAGAGAGAACGAAGCGUUGUGGAGAGAAUUAGCCAUGCUGAGGCAAAAGCAUCUUAAGCAACAGCAGAUCGUGAAUAAGCUUAUACAUUUCCUGGUCACUUUGGUGCAGCCAUCGAGAAACGGUGGCCUCUCCGUUAAGAGGAGGUAUCCUUUAAUGAUCGACGAUUCGAACCGCCAACGUAGUAAACAGGCGAAAAUGUCAAAGCCGCAAGCCUCGCCUGCGGGACCUGUGAUUCACGAGCUCGACGCAUCAGAAUCAGAACUUGAUUCAGAGUACAUCGUCGCAGAAAUGUUAGAAGGGCACUCAAAUCCUUCUGUCGAAAGUCCGAAAAACAGCAACACAUCUAUAAUGGAAGACAGCAAUAUGGAAACGAUUCAUCUAGUCGAUGAUACUGUCCAAUUGCAAGACGAAAUACAGCUUGUCAAUCCGCACGAAGUCGAGUCGAAGAAGAAACGCGGAUGUAAGGGUAAAAAGAAGAGGAAAAACAAGGUGCCUGUCAAAAUUUUGAUCCCAUCGUUGGAGGAUGGAGAAGAACCGAGGGAAGAAACACAUUUACUUGAAAUACCACUAGAGGAAACCCCGGUGGCGAUCGCAUUGAUGGAAAAUAAGUCCGUGUCAAAGCCGGUCCCGGUGGCGACUGUGCGCAGCUCGAAACUCACUGCGAUGGCAGCGAACAUGAACAAGACCACUGACAUGGAGCACGAGCUCGAGUUAGAACCAGCUACGGAGGAAGCGGAGGAAGAUGUUCAAGAGAACGAUCAGACGUUGGUGAAACUGGAGAAUAUAUUGAUAGUGCCGGAGAUCAUCAACGAAGAGGCCGAAGGUACCGUCAUGGAGUACGACGAGAACAACGGGAACGAUGAGGUCAGCCUUAACGAAGUCGAGUAUGGGCAACCGAAUAAAGGGGACGGUAACUCUGAACAAGAUAGCAGCAAGGCGUGUUACUCGGAUGGUGGCGGCGAUAAAGUCGACGAGAGGAGGAAAGAUGGCUGCAACGAGGCGAACGCAACCGGCUCGAAACAUUUGUCUUUGAGUUGCGUUAUUCCGAAUGGCAUCUCUGAUGCUGCUUACAGGUUAGGAUCAACGGAGGAAGUGGAUUCUCAUCUUGAAUCAAUGCAGACAGAAUUGGACAAUCUACGUGAAAUUCUACGUAGCGAAGGCUAUAGUAUCGACGCGAACACACUUCUCAGCCAGUUAUUUGGAGGAGACGAUCCGAUGUCCUUCGGUAUGCCUGUUAAUCCUGAGCUGAACCCGAACAUCGAAAGGGAAGAGGAUGAACACGCUAACGCAGCAGAGAAUAUCAAUGGAAACGGUGGCGGUGAACUCAUGGCGUACAAUCCUACUCAGAGUUUACUAGAUUUCGACGACGACAUUUUUCUGGGUGCUACCUCCUCUCCCGUAACUAACACAGCGGACGACGCAGCGACGACCAGUCUGUAUACAGACCCUCUCGAUUUGGAGGACAACAAAGCUGCUCUCCUCGAGUCUUUAACAGACGACGUUAACACUUCAUAAAAUCCCGUUUUUAUGGUCGUCUGUUGAUCGUUGCACUGUUGCGUCCAAUGAUUUGGUUUCAGUAUGUUUUGUUCUCGACGGAUCAUCACGAGCAUGUUCUCUAGUUCCGUCGCUCUUGAUGUACCAAAUAAGCAACGAGCUUGAUAAUCGGGUACACAUACGGAUAAGUACUGUACCCGAGGGGAAACCAGUUAAUCGAAUAAUACCAUCGGUUUACGGAGGACAAUAAACGUAAUUUAGCGGAGCGCAUAAAAUCCUCUGGAUUUGCUGCUACAUGUACAUAUAGACUAAUGAUACAAAUUUGGUUGUUGUACUAGUAUUAACGUUGAUCUUCUGUUAGAUUCUAUUCACAGUAUAUUCACCGCGGGAUCGACGCGAAAUUGAUAAAUGAACGAAAGGAAAUUGUUCGUCUUCGAUGUAUUUUGUAAUGGCGUAGUCAUUUCUUUUUUUCUUUUUCCAGUUAAACACCAGUGAUCUUUUCUUUUCUUUAUUUGAAAGUAACGGGAGCACGUUAUAGUGACUAACGUUUCUGAUUGAUCGAUGAAGAGUUUCUAGUACCUGCAUAUUUCAUUUCGAAGUAUUAUUAUUAACAUUGAAUGUAUUUAUUACGCAAUCUUUUUCCAACGACUCGUACUCGUACAGAAACAGUGGCAAUGCGAGUAAAAAAAAGACUGAACUAAACGGUAUUCGACGAGUAUGCAUUACUAGUGUUUCUGUACGUUUUUAUCAUACUUAUAAUUGUUAUCGGUCUUUACUUAUUUAUUAAAUUUGAGCGUUCUCUCACUCGAAUUCAAGUCACGUAAAUAACGUUUGAACGCAGAACAAGUUAUAUACGAAAUUCGUAUUUUUUGUACUAAAUUCUUCUAUGAACGAAGAGCAACAGCAUGUGUGAACACGUUGAAUUUGAAAGAAUAAAUUUAAUUGAACAACGCGUCCGAACGUUCUUGUAGAUCAAGGUAUGUCGUAGUCUGAAUAAAAGAAAAAUACGACUGAACCAAUUUUAUAUUUUUAUAGUAAAACGAGAUCGAAUCUUUUUGCGUUCGUUUAUUCACAAACGUCGACUCGUUGUACGUAAAGCAAUAUUUGUUUCUUUCCUUUUGUUUGCGAGGACACAUCCAGAUUGUGAUAACAUUGUAACGGAUCAUUAAUGAAUUCUUUCAUUGAACUUCGUGAGAUCUUAUCUCUGGUCGUUUCUCUUUCUUUUUGUGUUACAAACAAAGUAUGCAAAUAAGUAUUUGGAACGACCAAUCGCAGAAUGUACAUAUUUAUUACAAUACGUAAAAUACCAUGACACGUUUUAUUUUCUACAUUAGAAAAUAUUUAAAUUCGUAGUUAAACACGAUUAUAAUACAAUCUCUUUUUGUCUUAACAAAUACAUGUAGAUGAAACUGUUUGUACUUGAUUAUUUUAUAUAAAUACAUAGAAAGUAUACUUCCGAAAUCAAAUUUUUUUUUCUUCCUCAUAUGAAUGAGCGACAAACAAUUGUAGUUAUAAGUUUCAUGUACUUCUCAAUCUCCUCUUUGAUCUACAAGUCAAGGAGCCUCCAUUGAACUUCAAAAAGUACGAAUAUGUAUAAAGAAAACUUAGGAUAAUAUGUUUAUUUUAACGACGUCAUUUAAUUUGUAUGCAAUUAAUUUAUUGAACCUGGCAAAUAUGAAAUAUUCGAAUUCUAUUUAAAACGAUGAUACGCAUCGAUCACAGCUGUACGCAAAUUUUUUUUCUUAAAAUUAUUAUUCGGUUUAAUUCUUCUUUAUUAGAAAUUCAUUAGAAAACAGAAAACUUGGGCAGCUCGUUAAUACGACGAUUGGAAACAUUUCCCUGUGAUUCGGUUCAAUUAUUUCACAAAACUAGUUGAUAGAUGUAUCAAAUUUUGUACGAGUUGACCAAUUAAAGUUUGAAUUGAAUCGAUGCUCCAGUUCAUUGAUUUUUAAUAAAACAAUCCGAUGUCCUCACAGGGAAGAACGAAAUAAAUAUAACACGAACCCUGAAACUACUUAUACUGGCAGAACCAGAUUUACGCGUCUUGUUCCACGUCGCGAGUCUACAUUAUGAUUGUUUUUUCAUUUUAGCCUUGGAAGAAAGACUGCUGGAUUUUUAAUUACCAUUUUGGUAAUACGUUCGUUUUAAUUAGCAAAUAUGUCAAGCUGUGGUGAGCCCUGUGAAAAGUUGUAGUAUGUGAAACGGGAUGACUGAAAAUAAAUGUUUAAGAGGAGGUAUGCGCACAGUGGUUCACGCUCAAAAUUUCCUCGAAGAAGAAAGUAUGUCGGCAUAAAGUGAAUGAGAAGCGGUGUAAAAAAAGGUAUGAAUCCGGAAGAAAGAAUUUUAUUUUUACGUUAAAGAAACUACACGCAGACAGAAAUAUGUUCCGUCGUACUCUUAUUAAAGAGGGGAGAGUACUAUCAAUUAAAUGCGUGCAUCGUAUAACGAUCCGUACUUUCGCCGAUUUGUAAAUAAUGCAGGAUUGUCGCAUAAAUAAGAGAAAGAGAGAGAGAGAGAGAGAGAGAGAGAUGGAGUGUUUUCUAGAGGAAAAAUAUAUACAUCCAUCGCCUGAGAGUAACAGAGAAAAUUUUUUUACAUAGUAUGUGUACAUCUAAUGCACAGUAUUAAUAAUAGAAGAGCACGAUGCGACGUGUGCACCAGAAGGUACAUAAAUAUAUGUAUAUAUAAAUCUAUACAUAAAUAUAUAUAUACAUUAUAUAUAUGUCUAUAGAAAACUGUGUUAAGAGAUAUUAAAUUGUUUGAUAAUAUUAUCAUUAUAUUUUUCUGUAACUAUUCUUUCGCUGUGGUGAAAGGUCUACGCGGAGGUCAAAUGAGAGAUAGUACAAUCUAAGAUUUCAGUGUCCACGUUCUGCAUAUUGAGCAUCAUCACUGCCCCUCUUAAGUUGUACAACUGUGCUUUAAAUUCAUCAAUUUUCAUUGUUUUACGAUACUCUGUCUGUACUUUUAUUUCGCUCCCUUCUCUGUUCAAGUUCCGUUUUUAACACAAGAUUACUGUAAAAUUUGUUAAUUUGUUAAAAAUCGUUGAUAAGAAUAUUGCUUUACGUUUAGAAACGAGGUGGGACGAAUGUAGAAUACACUUAAUUAUUAAACAAUUAGUUUAAGGAUUCUUCAGUUUGAAACGAAAGUCUUGUUUUUUUUUUUUAGUUAAUAAUUUCGCAGACGAUUAAUUAUUGAGCUUUCAUGGAAUACUGAAAUCUUAGUGUUCGCGGAGAGGAAGAUAAAUUCGCAAACUAGAGUUUAUGUACAUGAAAAGAUAAUAUAAUCGGGAUAGCGUAUUGUAAUCUUCAUCGCAUUAACAUUUUAUUACUUUCAUUUAGUAAAUAAGCAGAUCGUUUUUAUAUUCAUUUGUCCAACACUGUUUUUAUUACGUUACAAAUUGAUAGAAAAUCUUAGCGUAUGUUAAGUAAUAAUUCCAUGUGUACAGUGAAGUGUCAACCAUACGUUUCACUUAAGUAGUUUAUUUCUCUUUUUCUCCAUGUCUUAAAAAAGUAACGCGCACUUGAUAGUUUCCUUUUUCUUAGAUUCAACUCACACGUUUAUAUUACUUAUUUAUGUGUUAUUACUUCUAAUACAUGUAUCUCUUAAGUAUCUGUCGGUUAACGUCGGCAAAUAAUUUUGUCAAGUACCAAUCGAAGAAGAAUAUUGACAUUGAUCUCCUACGAGUGAUUUCAAUAAUUAUUCUUAUGGUACUUGGAACGAUCAAUCAAAUUCUAAGUAUAACUUAGAUAUUCUUAAUUAUCUACUAAAUUACUGUUGUAACUGACACUUUAUUUUAAGAAGAUUAAACUACGGGCAAAAUAGUGAGAGAAUCAAAAUUGUCUAUCUUGUAAAAAGAGUAUAGUUGAUACUACACUGCUUGUAGGUAUCGAGCAUUGUGAUACAUGCAUCAAUUUUGUACAAAAGGAGGAAAAAAUAGGAUACGACCGAACUGAUCGCGAACGGACGACCAUUCAUCGGUCACGAAUUCUGUGUUUUGCUACUAAUUAUAAAACGAUAUCGAUUACGAUAGAGUACAAGAAUAAAUUAAAACGUAUCUACGUGUGAAACAUUGAGGGGUAAAAAAAAGAAUGUCGCCAGUUUUGUUGUAUCAAUCACAUUUAUCUUGUAAAAUAUUAAAUACCCAUAGCUCCUAUUUUUAUUAUACACCAGUGGAAGUUGACUUUGUUCCGCUGCCUAACAACUAAUGUUAUCACAUGAUAAAUACAUAUGUUAUACAUAUACAUAUAUAUGUAUGUAUGUACGUCUAAACAGGAAAAGAAAACGGCCGAUUAUAAAAUCCUGUGGUAAUAUUAUUGAAGAUCACAAUUUUAGUUGAAGUUACUUUACUCGAGAAUAGCGUUUUAACUACUACUAAAAAUAUAUGUUAAAUUUGUUUGUUUUUUGAAUAAAAUCUAGAUGAUUGUUUAAACACGAUCUUAUUGCAUUGUCCUCUGGCUUGAACGGUUUAACGUCUACAUUAUUAUAAGUAUGCGUGCACGAGUGUGUCUGCCUGUGUGUAGAAUUGUCAACCACGUAACACUACCAAGAAAUUUUGAACAAAUUUUAUAUUAUUUAAAAGCGUUGGAAGAAAUCUUAUAAAGACGAUGAACAACCGAAUGUAUAUUACGACAGUAAUUAGAUGAGACACAUAAUUAUUUAUAUCUAGAAUGACAUUAUUUUUUUAUAUUCUAUUACCAAUAAAAUCUGUAUUGUGAGCUUUGAAAGAAGCAAUUUUUACGUUCUGUAAGGAAAGAACCAUUAAAUUAUGUUUAACGAUUACUUCGAUCGAUUUGUUUUCAAUGGCAGCGUUCCGACGAAAAUAGUUUAACUCUCAAUGCAAUGCUUAUCAACAUAGUUUUGUACUAUACGUGUGUAUACUUAAUCUAUGUAUAAAGAAUCGUUCGAAAACAG